AUGUUCAACUUCUCCUGGUUCAAGUCCUCCAAAGAAGAUAUCCCCCAGUCCACCUGGAACCCUAUCACCCUUACUAUGGAGCAACCCUCCAGCCCUGCCGGCCCCAGUCAGGAGGUGGUAGUGACCAAGCCUGCAUGUAUUCCUCCAGCGAUCAACUCUCAUACGUUACGAGAUAUUACUAGAAAACGACUCGCUAACAAGAGCGGCCCGCCCAGAAACAAAUGCAAAUCAGCCUGCGAGGUGGUGGAAAUGACAGUGGCAGACCAUUUCUUGACUGGUGUCCUUGUGAUUACUGUGUUUGCUGUGAAUGUUAGUUACUAUAACAAAAUGAUGGGUUGGGCUGGAUAA